AUGAUGGCCCAGUCUCCCUUUGACACCCCAUUUGAUCAGCUCCCGAAUCCAAAACAGGUUUGGCUAGGAAAGCCAGGUAGCCAUGAAGAGGGUCUGGGGAAACUAGCUAUUCUUACCCCUGAAGUCGUUGCCGCAGCUUCUGCCAGCGAGAUCAGAUGUGGUCGACGCGUGACGAUGGGAUGGGAAAUGACGAAAUUGGAUUUUCCCAAUCUCAACCGCCAGCCAUGUCAUCAUCAGAUUGUGUCUCUUCUGGGAGGGGUAGCAUUCGAUGAUAUCUAUACUAUGAACCCACAGCAAAGUAGCCAGUGGGACGGUCUGCGCCAUUUUUCUCAGGCAGUGCCUGGUCAAUCUGAACGUAUGUUUUAUGGCGGAACAACCAGUGAAGAAAUCAAGGAUCGCCAAAAUGAUCGAAUUGGUCUCCAGCAUUGGGCCCGAGAGGGAAUUGCAGGACGUGGAGUCUUGAUUGACUACGCUACAUGGGCUGAGAAAAAGGGGAUUAAAUAUACCACAUUCUCGACCCACCAAGUGCGUUUUGCCGACAUCCUCGAAAUUUCCGAGGAGAACAAUAUCACGUUCCAAAAGGGUGAUAUUCUUUUUGUUCGUAUAGGAGUCACCAAGGAGUGGGACACGUCCAUGACAAACGCCCAAAAACAAGCUUAUUCGGAUAACCCCAGCCCAGAGCAUGCUGGAGUUGAGGCAACCACAGAAGUCCUCCGCUGGCUGUGGGACACCGGGUUCGCCGCCAUCGCCAGUGACGCAAUCAGUUGGGAGGUCUACCCACCACAAUCUCCUGAUAUCUUCCUCCAUGAAUAUGUGCUUGCUGGAUGGGGAAUGCCGAUCGGGGAACUGUUCGAUCUUGAGGCGCUGGCACGCACCUGCCAAGAGCUCCAGCGGUGGAGCUUUUUCGUGGCAUCCGUGCCUUUGAACAUGCCCGGUGGGGUUUCCUCGCCUCCGAACGUGAUGGCUAUCUUCUAG